CACUCCCCCGUGGUGCCAGCGCGUGACUACUUGACCACUGCUCCUUCGCUGCACAGGAGAGCUUUCCAAUAGAGCAGGAAGAACGGCUUUAGCGAUGCUAAGACUGGUGCUGUUGCUCCUGGCCGCAGACUUCGCAGCCUCUCAUGAAUCACUUGGCUCCACCGAUUCUCAAAUCAUGAAGAGGUCACAAUUCAGAACACCAGACUGUGGUCAUUUUGACUUCCCAGCAUGCCCCAGGAACCUCAACCCUGUGUGUGGAACUGACAUGAACACUUAUGGGAAUGAAUGUACCCUGUGCAUGAAAAUCAGGGAGGAUGGUAGCCACAUUAAUAUCAUCAAAGACGAGCCAUGCUGAUGGGCAGUUGGCAGAAGAGCAGAUGGAGAACCCCCCCUCCUCCAGUGCUCCUUGCUAGAAUCCCACUCCCUUUUCUGUCGUUCCCCCCCACCUCCACUUGCAUGAUACCUGUUAACAGAACUUCUCUGGGUAGAGCUGGAAGACAGUGAUGUACAGUGGUUCAUAAACGUAAAACUCCUGUUCUGGGCUUCCAGCCUACAAUCCAGUUUAGUUCAGCCCAUGACCCAGGCAGCUUUUGCAUCGCUUUAUUUCAUUGGAAUAAAAUGAGCAUUGAAUU